AGUCCGCGUUGAAAAUGCAGAACCGAAAUUUCCCAAAACCCAGAAAACGUUGACCGGACUCGGAAGACACCCCUAUAGUACUUCACAGAUUGCAAGUCGAGGAAGUGACCGUCUGCUCUGCUCUCCUGAUCUCCUCGACUCCUCCGCCUCCCACCCAACCACGCCCGGCGCGUCUGCCCGCCCGCAGCGAUUGCCGCCAUGCCCGAAGAUGUCGCGCCAAUAGGCCCCGCCCCGGCCCCCGCCCCCGCCCCCGCUUCUGAUCCUACCGCUGGUUCCAGUGAUGAUGAGAUAACAGUAGAGAAUGCAUCUUUUGUGCAUACCGAACCUCCCCAAGAUGGCAGUGCCCCACCUGUGGUAACAACUGAUAUGGAAGUUCUCCAUGAUAAAGUUAAGAAGCAAGUCAUUAAAGAAGGCCAUGGGAAGAUACCCUCAAAAUUUUCUACGUGCUUUGUGCAUUAUAGAGCAUGGGUACAAAGCUCUAUGCAUAAAUUUGAGGAUACCUGGCAAGAACAGCAUCCAGUUGAAAUUGUCAUCGGAAAAGAGAAAAAGCAAAUGGCUGGUUUGGGUAUUGGUGUUGGUCACAUGAAAGGUGGGGAACGUGCACUGUUGCAUGUUAGCUGGGAACUAGGCUAUGGGAAAGAAGGAAGCUUUUCAUUCCCGAAUGUCCCUCCAUCAGCAGACCUUAUAUAUGAAGUUGAACUCAUUGGCUUUGAUGAUGCUAAAGAGGGAAAAGCCCGUAGUGACAUGACGGUAGAAGAGAGGAUUGAAGCAGCAGAUAGGAGGAAGCUCGAGGGCAACGAUUACUUUAAAGAGAAGAAAUUUGAGGUGGCUAUGCAGCAAUAUGAGAUGGCUGUUGCAUAUAUGGGAGAUGAUUUCAUGUUUCAGUUGUUUGGUAAGUACAGAGAUAUGGCUUUGGCUGUGAAAAACCCGUGCCAUCUCAACAUGGCUGCAUGCCUAAUCAAACAGAAGAGAUUUGACGAAGCUAUCGCACAGUGCAGCAUUGUGCUGUCAGAGGACGAAACCAACGCGAAAGCUUUGUUCAGACGUGGAAAAGCUAGAGCCGAGCUCGGCCAGACAGAAUCCGCGAGGGAGGACUUCCUGAAAGCCAAGAGACACUCCCCGGAAGACAAGGAGAUCAUGCGGGAGCUUCGGUCGCUAGCGGAACAAGAUAAAGCGCUGUACCAGAAGCAGAGGGAGCUAUACAAAGGUCUGUUCGGGCCGAGGCCUCAACCCAAACCCAAGGCCAAAAAUUUCGCCGUCCUCUUCUGGCAGUGGCUGGUGUCACUGGUUCGUUAUCUUGCCAGGAUGUUCACGCGCAAGAAUGACUAGGAUGGUCCGUGUGAGUCUAGUUGACUCUGAUUCAAGUGCUACUGGGAACAUACCGACAUGACAAGGGAAAACCUGAUGAUUUAUCUAUCGUUUGUGGCUAGGAGACAACCUUCCUCCAUAUACUUGAGCAUAAUGUUUUGGUGUGGAAUUUUGCGGGGCACUUUGGACUGGAGGGGAUGGUCUCUUUGUGUUUGUGAAGAUUGGAAGUGCAGUUUCAGGUUCAGAAUGCCCUUCCUUCCACUUGGAUAACAGUGAUUCACAGGGAAGGCAGAGUGUUCAGGGCCUAAGAUCUACAGUAGGAUAUCUAGUGUUGUACUACUACUGUUUGCAAAGGACAUGAUUCUGGUGAGCCUCCUUGAUUAGGCUCCGCUUGGACUCGAUGUAUUUUUCUAGACCGGUAUUUAUUUUACACGUGUAUCUCACCAACCGUAUGGGAUUUUCAACUGAGAAAGAAAACGACGGAGCGAGAGUGAGGCCCUGCUUGGAAA